AUGGAAUUAGAGAAUCAAACUUAUAGCAGUGACUUUAUUCUCUUGGGACUAUUCUCAUCUUCCCAAACAAGUCUGGUGUUAUUCUCCCUUACGUGCAUCAUUUUUAUUAUGACUAUAACAGAAAAUACAGUCAUGAUCUUUCUUAUCCGUGGCACCUUGCGACUCCAUACUCCAAUGUAUUUCUUGCUCAGCCAUCUCUCUUUCAUGGAUAUCUUGCAUAUUUCUAAUAUUGUCCCUAAAAUGGUUGCUGACUAUCUAUCAGGCAAUAAAACAAUUUCAUUUGCAGGUUGUGGCAUCCAGAUAUUUCUGUCCCUCACUCUUCUGGGUGGUGAGUGUCUCCUCCUGGCAGCAAUGUCCUAUGAUCGCUACAUAGCCAUCUGUCAUCCUUUGCGUUACCCCAUUCUUAUGAAUGAGCUUGUCAGUGUUCUCAUGGCUGGAGGGUCCUGGCUUGUGGGGACCGUCAAUUCCACAGUUCACACAGCUUAUGCCCUCCACUUCCCCUUCUGUGGCCCAAGGGCCAUUGAUCACUUUUUCUGUGAAGUCCCAGCCAUGUUGAAACUUUCCUGUGUAGACACAUCACACUAUGAAAAAGGUGUUUAUGUAAGUGGUAUCAUUUUCUUGGUCAUCCCUUUUUCUAUGAUCUUUGCUUCUUAUGUCCAAGUUCUCCUUACCGUCCUUCAAAUGAAGUCGUCAGAAGCACGAAGAAAGUCAUUUUCCACUUGUUCCUUCCACAUGAUUGUAGUUAUGAUGUACUAUGGGCCAUUUAUUUUCACAUAUAUGAGACCCAAAUCCUACCACACUCCAGGACAGGAUAAGUUCUUGGCAGUAUUCUACACUAUCCUCACACCUGCACUCAAUCCUAUCAUCUACAGCUUUAGAAAUAAAGAUGUUCUGACAGCAAUGAAAAAUAUACUUGAAAAUAACUUUCUGCCUAACAGAUAA